AGCCCCUCCAUACUGGCUUACCAUUCUGAUCUGCUGCACUGGUUUUCUAAGCAGAAUGGUUUUACUUGUUUCAUUGCUCUUUGGCAUAUAGGCUUUUUGCUCCUGGGCUGCCUCUCCUCCUGCCAGAGAAGCACCGACUGUGCUGCUUUCCCCCACCUGUGAUGACACUACAGUAGAGGAGGCUGCAGAUCUGGCUCUUCACCAGAUCAUUGCUGACCAAGAAGAGGGCUACAUACUCAGUCUCUACUGAAUUUUCAAUGUUUGAGAACAUCCUCAGAAGAUCACUGGUUCUGUAUUCUAUCUAAUCUUGGAUAUAGUAGAUACUGAAUGUCAUGUAUUCAGCAAAAAGUUGUGGAAGAACUGUAUGGCCAGAUUUGCUCAUACAAUUGUUUAUGGUCAAUGCAAAGCAAUUAUCUACAUUAAUCAGGCAAGAAAUAUUGCUCAUCUGAAUACUUAUGAGUGCACUUUACAACCAGUUCCACACAGAUAUAUUUGGACAGUAUGUCCUGACUGCCCAGUUGACUGUCCGACUAAGCCCGAAUAUUUGGAGGCUGCUGUUCAAAGCCUUGCCAAGUUCACUGCAGAGAGCGAACAAACUCCUUAUUUCUCUGUCCUCAAGGUCACAAGAGCUUCAAUGCAGUGGGUUGUUGGUCCUGCGUAUUUUUUAGAGUUUUUAAUUCAGGAAACAUCCUGCUCCAAAAAUGGCAUGAUUGCUGACAUCUCUAAGUGCAAGCCACUUUCAUCGGAAUCAGCUCAAAUCGGAUUCUGCAAAGGCUCUGUAGUAAACAGCCACUUGGAACACGAAGAGUUUGUCACAAUAUCCUGUGAAAUCUACAGUCUGCAGAUAUUUCUUAAUCUGAUCUUAAUAUUGCAAGGGAUGUACCUGGGUACUACUGCAUUCCCAGAUGGCAUUGAUAUGAUUAACAGCUGGUAA